GUAGACCUUUAUACGGAUUAGUUUGACCUACACACCAAGAUACAGGGAUUAGAUGUCAUUUUUAAGUAUUUUUUAUUUGUUUAAAAACAUGGCAAGGACAAAUCCCUUUUUGUUUGUUCCCUGGCAGCUUUCUUUUAAGCUUUUCAGCACAGGGAAGUGGUAGCGCGUGCGCGUCGCCAGCCGCAGUGGCGCUCUCCGCCCGGUUUUGGCUCGUGGCGCACUGAGAGGAGGAGGAGGAGGAGGAGCGGCUCGCAUCACAGCUGAACUCUCCGUCUGGUUUUUGCACAACAAGGAGGCUGACAGUGCGAUGGCGGCUGGAGGAGGAUGCGCGGACAGCGCGGAUGAGUACCGGGCCGAGGUGGAGCGGCUGAGCCGGGAGCUCUCUGAUGCAAACCGGGAGAAGAUCCGUGCGGCUGAGUGCGGCCUCGUGGUGCUCGAGGAGAACCAGAGUCUGAAACAGCAGUGCGCCGAGCUGGAGGCUGAGCAGGAGGCGCUCCGGAGAGAGCUGGAGCAACUGCAGGAGGCAUUUGGCCAGGCGUACACUAACCAGCGUAAAGUGGCAGAGGACGGAGAGACGAAUGAGGAGACGCUUCUGCAAGAGUCCGCUUCCAAAGAGGCGUACUACAAGGAUCGCCUGCUGGAGUUGCAGACAGAUCUCACUCUGAGUCGCUCAGUGGCUUCCAACACACAGGCAGAGAGCGAACGCCUUAACAUGCUAAUCCAGGAAUUAAGAGAGAGUAACGAGAUGCUGGAGCUGCAGAAGAGCAGGAUGAGAGAAGAGAUUAAAGAGUAUAAGUUCAGAGAAGCCAGAUUGCUACAGGACUACACUGAGCUGGAGGAGGAGAACAUCACUCUACAGAAACUGGUGUCCACACUCAAGCAGAAUCAGGUGGAGUAUGAGGGUUUAAAGCAUGAAAUCAAAGUACUGGAAGAAGAAACAGUUCUGCUCAACAGCCAAUUAGAUGACGCAUUACGUUUGAAGGACAUCUCUGAGGGACAGUUAGAAGAGGCGCUGGAUGCUCUGAAGAGUGAAAGAGAACAGAAGAACAGCCUGAGGAAGGAGCUAGCCCACCACCUCAGCCUGACUGACAGUGUGUAUGGAACCAGCACACAGAUCCCCAUCUCUGUGGUGGAGGGAUUAAAGUUUGCAGAGGAGCCGAACACUAAUGGCACCUUGGCCUCCGGCUCUAGUCCUAAUAACGAGGACAGUAACAGGUGUAACGGAUGUAACGGCCAUGGGCCGAAGAUGAACGGUGACUACCACCGGCCAACACUGAACCCUGUGUCUGAUCUGUUCAGCGAACUUAACCUCUCUGAAAUCCAGAAACUGAAACAGCAACUCUUACAGGUGGAGCGAGAAAAGGCCACCCUACUGACCAACCUGCAGGAGUCUCAGACCCAGCUACAGCACACGCAGGGUGCUCUAACGGAGCAGCACAAGCGUGUGAAUUGCCUUACGGCACGUGUCAAUGCUAUGAAACGCCUGUGCAGUGACAAGGAGCUGGAUGCUGAAGAGACCGAGAAAGGGGACACCCCGAUGAAUGGCUGCCGUGAGUACGACAUCGACAUUAAUGGCAUUGAGAUCUUGGAAUGCAAGUACAAGGUAGCUGUUACAGAAGUCAUCGACCUGAAAGCUGAGCUGAAAGCCUUGAAGGAAAAGUACAAUCAAUCUGUGGAGAGCCAAUCAGAAGAGCGUAACCAAAGUGAGGGGAAACUGCAAGCACUUUACGAACAUGUGACAUCACUGGAGAAGGAGUGUCGUGAGAGCCGCGAGCGAAUCGCCGGCCUAGAGGCCGAGCUCCGAUGCACAACAUCCAUGUCCAGUGAGAGUCAAUCCAUGCUGAAUGCUGCUCAGGAUGAGUUAGUUACCUUCAGCGAAGAGCUUGCCCAGCUCUACCAUCAUGUCUGCUUGUGCAACAACGAAACACCUAAUCGUGUCAUGCUGGACUACUACCGCCAGAGUCGUGUUACACGAAGCGGCAGUCUUAAAGGCACUGAUGACCCACGCGUAUUGCUGUCACCACGCCUUGCUCGUCGACUUGCCGCUGCCAAUUCUUCAGAUCCUUCUCGUAGCCCUCAUGACUCACCCUUGAAGGAAGCAUUAGGUGAAGGAGGUAAAGCAGAGACAGUGAGUCCAAACAGAAGCCCAUUCGGCUCUCCGGUCCACAGUGCCUCACUGUCUGCUUCAUCUUUACCAGAGGCUAACGGAGAUCUUCGCAAAGAGCCUUUGAAUAUUUACAACUUGAACGCCAUUAUUCGGGACCAGAUCAAGCACCUGCAGAGAGCUGUGGACCGCUCACUGCAACUGUCCCGACAGAGGGCGGCUGCUCGGGAGCUGGCACCCAUCUUCGACAAGGACAAGGAAGCCUGCAUGGAGGAGAUCCUGAAACUCAAGUCGCUCUUAAGCACGAAGAGAGAGCAGAUAGCUACACUACGGCUCGUACUUAAAGCCAACAAACAGACUGCAGAAGUAGCCUUGGCUAACCUGAAGAGCAAGUAUGAAAAUGAGAAGACUAUUGUGACAGAGACAAUGAUGAAGCUGAGGAAUGAGCUAAAGGCUCUGAAAGAGGAUGCAGCUACCUUUUCCUCUCUGAGGGCCAUGUUUGCCACCAGGUGUGAUGAGUAUGUUACUCAGCUGGAUGAGAUGCAGAGGCAGCUAGCAGCAGCAGAGGACGAGAAAAAGACUCUGAACUCUCUGCUCCGCAUGGCCAUCCAGCAGAAGCUUGCCCUCACCCAGCGUUUAGAAGACCUGGAAUGUGAUCACGAGCAGUCACAUCGUGGCCGUGGAGGAAAGAUUCCCAAAAUCAAAACCAGUCCUCAAAAAUCUCUUGUAGAUUGUCAGCAGCCUGCUGCAUCAGUACCGCCACUCUCCCGACAAGUGAGGAGUGGGAGAGUAUUCACGGCUCGCAGUACUAAUAUUGUGAUAACACUUCAAGAGAACGAGCUACAAGACGUCACCUCUAGACUUCCAUGCGACCCUUUUAAAUGCCUGGCACAUCACUCCAAUAUACCUGGACCUUAGCCCCUCCCACCGUCCCCUCCCAUCCCAUCCCACCAUUUCCUAUGGCCCUGCCUUCUUCCGGAGGAACUAACCAGGGGACAUGCUUUUUAAACAUCCUGUUAGGUGCUCCUCUUUCUGUGUGACCUCAAGUGGACUCACCCUGUUUUAACCUGCGUUGGUGAGCCAAGACUAUGGUGCACUCCUUUGCUCUCAUUGGAUAAUAAUUAACACACCUUCCAAUGGAAAGAGAAAGAGUGGAUACUAACGCCUGGAAUGGACUAUUUAGUCAUGUAUUUAUCUAUUUAUUUAUGUUUAAUGAGUUGUGUUUCUAUUUAUUUGCAAUCUCGUGUGACUGGAAUUCAUUUUCGUUUGAAACUGAAAGGUGCAGCUUUGCUGUGGAUUUUUAGAACUUCAGCAGAUGAGUAAUUAAAAUAUUGGGUUUUAAUCCGAAACGUAAAAAUAUGUUUAAAAGAUUCUAAGAGGUUUGGUAAAAUGCAUAGAUGUUUAACAAUAUUUUCCAUUUCUCACAUUUGGAAUUAAUUGUCAUGGGAUUAAUGAGUGGAUAAGAAAAAGGUAUAAAAUUGUUGUUGAUUUUCUUUAGUCAAACCAAGAAAGUGUUAUUUGACAAUAUAAGAUUUGCUUGAGGUGUUAAUUAGACCAGAACCAGGUUGAACCAAAGUAAACACUGUCCCUAAAGGUAAUUUGUGGUUGAGAGCCAUUCAGUUUUGGCCUGCGUGAAACCUUUCAUUAUGUUUCCAUUACACUGAUAAUAUUGUUUAGUUAUAAUGCUAUGCAUAAGGUGUACUUUAUUAAUUUAUAUCAUUUUUUUUUUCAUAAAGAUUAUAUUUUAUACUUGAUUUGUCUUUUUUUACAGUUAAUAUGAGCAAGCUAGGGAUGACUGUAUGAAUGUGAGUGAUACUCUAAAGCUCAGAUAGUGAAUACUGGCUAGAGUUUGGUCUGAUCCUGCUGUGCUGAAACUUUUCACAUUGUGAAAUCCCAAACCUCAAUGUUUUGCUUCAUAUUUUCACUAAAAAAAAGGUAAUUAUGGGUGUAAUGUUUCUCCUCUCUCCGUCUCCCACCCGUGAUUUAAGCACAAAUGCAUUAAUAAUCUCAGUAAUUAUUUGGUCUUUAUUAUACUGUCAGACAUACCAGCAGAACAAUUUCAGAUACUUUUUCUGAAUUCCUACGUAUUCUAAUAAAAAAACGUUGCUGAACUAACAAAUGAAGUCUGCACUCCCUCAGUAUAGAAGUAUCUUUUAAGAAAGUGGAACAAAGUUGAGUUUCUCUAUUGACACUCACAGAAGAGAAUUUGAUGAAUGGACUUAUUGAGAUGCCUGAUUCAGUCUUCCUGGUACUUCUGGUACCAUAUCUCUUAGUUUACAUGGAAGGGCUUUUGAUUGUUCUGUAUGAGUUGAUUGUGUUCGGUUUGAAAUAUUGUGGUUGCUUGAUAUGCACAGUGGUCCAGAAAGGAAUUGAAGUGACAUACACUGAACUGGACAAUCACCCUCCUUGUUACUGAUGAAAGCAUAGUUGUGACAGCAGGACAUAAUGAUACAGUGGGGUUUUUUCUUUCUUUCGUGUGUGUAUAUGUAUUCACUUGUUGAUAAUGUCAUGAUUUAUGUAUUUGUUCAUGAAAUAAAAUCUGAACUCAAAAUUCA